AAAACACGCAUGGAUUUUGGAUUUUUGUUUGAAGGUUGAAAACCUCGUUAAGUUUGAAAACGAAGCAUCCGUGAGCUCAUCAAGGCAACAAGGCUUUUUCUUGAUUCUCUAUUUUGUUGCGUUUUGAACGUUGAAACUUUCCUUCCUUUUCCUCUCUCUGCUGAGCUACCUCGUCCUCCGUCCACGGUGGUCGGCGACUUGCUCCGACCAACCUCUCUCUGAGGAGGUUAGCUCCGGAACUUCUUACAAACACGUGGUGUGCUUCUUUUUCUGUUUUUGCGAGUGAUCAUGGUUUUCAAGUGAUGGUUGAUUAAGAAAAAGAUAGUGUAGAGAGUUGUUUUGUUUCAUAGCCUUCUGACAUCUCAAUGAUGACCCAAGAACCAUCAGAGGAAUUGGAGAAACAUGCAACCUCAGGGCAUCGUCCAAGAGGCAAUAGUGAAUACGUUAGAUUAGCCAUAUCUGAUGAGCCUAGGGCCGGUGAAGUUGAAAUCUCACGGCCUCAAGCAGAACCAGGAAUUAAUGCUUUCUGGUGGUGGAUGAAAGUCUUUCUAUGGUGCAUUAUCAUUGUUGUACUUUCUCUUGUUUUACUGAAAUGGGGUGUUCCUUUUAUUUUUGAAAAGGUUCUUUACCCAAUGAUGGAAUGGGAAGCUACUGCAUUUGGCCGCCCAGUUCUUGCCCUUGUACUUGUUGCUUCUUUAGCUUUAUUCCCAGUGUUCUUAAUUCCUUCCGGCCCUUCCAUGUGGUUGGCCGGCAUGAUUUUCGGUUAUGGCAUUGGCUUCGUUAUAAUAAUGGUUGGAACAACCAUUGGAAUGAUCCUCCCUUACCUAAUUGGGCUACUCUUCCGCGAACGCAUUCAUCAAUGGUUAAAGAAGUGGCCCACGAAUGCCGAAAUGAUUAGGCUUGCUGGUGAAGGAAAUUGGUUUCAUCAAUUUCAAGUGGUUGCUUUAUUUAGAGUUUCUCCAUUUCCCUAUACUAUAUUCAAUUAUGCUAUAGUAGUGACAAAUAUGAGGUUUUGGCCCUACCUAUGUGGAUCAAUAGCAGGAAUGGUGCCAGAAGCUUUCAUCUACAUCUACAGUGGUAGAUUAAUAAGGACCUUAGCAGAUGCACAGUAUGGGAGGCAUCACUUGACCACUGUGGAAAUAGUGUAUAACAUUAUUUCAUUCAUCGUUGCAAUUGUUACCACGGUUGCAUUUACUGUUUAUGCAAAAAGGACUUUGAAUAAACUCAAGAUGGCUGAGGCCAAUGAGGAAUCUGCCUCUGUUUCUGGCAUUGCUGAUUUUGAGAUGCAGAAAGCUUCCCAUUCAUAAGCAUGUCAUGUAUUUUUUUUUAAAUCAUGAUGCUGAUAGUGAGCGUGUAUAUUUAUGUAUCUAAAGUUUGGUUUAGGAAUGCAUAUUUUAUAGUA